GGCUGUCGUUAAUCAUCAAAGAAGAAGCGAGCCGUUUUCUUCCGUGCCCUCCUCCCCCCGCCCCCUACAUGAACAGCAGAGGCUCCAUUUUGUUUGAUUAUUGCGGUCACACAGUCGACACAGCCUGCAAAGAAACAACGCCAACGUCGUUUAAAAGGUAACCGUUACCAACGACACCAACAAUGAGUGGUUGUCGUAUUUUCAUCGGCCGUUUGAGCCCAUCGGCCAGAGAGAAGGAUGUGGAGAGGUUCUUCAAAGGAUAUGGCCGCAUUCGAGAUAUUGACCUCAAGAGAGGCUUUGGCUUUGUGGAGUUUGAUGACCCCAGAGAUGCCGAAGAUGCUGUUUAUGAGCUUGAUGGCAAGGAGUUGUGCAAUGAAAGGGUGACCAUUGAACACGCCCGUGUACGUCUGCGUGGCGGCCGUGGCAGAGGAAGCGGCGGUGGUAGUGCAGGAGGACGUUUCUCUGAUCGCUAUGGCAGAGGUUCCCAGAACAGUCGGAGCCGAAACCCUCCUCCGAUGCGCACUGAGAACCGCCUAAUUGUGGAGAACUUGUCCUCUCGUGUUAGCUGGCAGGACCUGAAAGAUUUCAUGAGACAAGCUGGAGAGGUGACAUUUGCCGACGCACAUCGCCCCAAGCUCAACGAAGGGGUUGUUGAGUUUGCUUCUUGCAGCGAUCUGAAAAACGCCAUGGACAAACUGUCUGGGAAGGAAAUCAAUGGCAGGAAAAUCAAGCUCAUUGAGGCAGCCAGAAAGAGGUCGAGAAGUCGUUCCCGGUCUGAGAGCUCCUCUCGCUCCCGCUCCCGUUCUCGUGGCCGCUCUCCAUCCCGCUCCCCCAGACGCUCCCGCAGCCCCGCCCACAAGGCCCACAACCGUUCCCGCUCCCCCAGUGUGUCCCCUGCUGGCGGCGCUUCCUCCCCAACCUCCAAAUCAAAGGAGCCCGCUAAACGGUCCUCCAAGACGAGCAAAUCUGCCACCCCGCCCUCCCCUCCUCCUGCUCAGAGAGCCUCCGUCUCCCGUUCUCGCUCCCGCUCCCGUUCUCGCUCCCGUUCCCGUUCCCGCUCUCUUUCUACUGACAGCCAGCGCUAAACGCUUCGUUUAAGUUUAAUGGGAAUCAACAGUAGAAACAACUCGAUUCAACAGUAGAAUCCGCUUGGAGGAGUUGACACACUGGAGCUCCCGCGACCCCUUCUGAAAGCCGAGACCAGAGCUUUACUCGAGUAGAGUUUGUUUUUUCCUGUCUGGAUUGUCAAUAACUAUCAUCAAGCUUUUCACAUUUAAACACCGAUACAUUGUCAGGCAGGAACAAUGAUAUUCAGUCAAUUAUUUUAUUCUCAUUAUAGGGCAUUUGAAUUAAAUAACUUAAACAGAGGACACUUGUUAAACAGUGAUGCUGUUUGUGUCCCCCUCAUUGCCCAUCAAGAUUAAACCUAUAUGUCUGUUGCACCCAGUUACUCCUCACCUCCAAAUGUAUUCAUCCAGCUAGGCUGCAGGUCCUCCACUGCUGCACCAUUUCUCCAUACUGCUGCACAGUUUCUCUCACAAAAUGCCCAAGUGAACCAACGUCAGGUCUCACUGUUGAGUCCUUGAUGGAAUCUUUUUUUUUUUUUUUUUUUUUUGGCAGGACUUUGAGGCUUUUUGUGUGACCCACUUUUUUUGCAAUACUUUUGCUUGUUUUUGCUCGUUCAUGGGAGAGUUUUUAAUCACUUUCCACAUUUUUGUCUGUCAUGUGAUCGAAGUCCUUUUGCCCCUUUUUCCUGUAUUUUCUGACCUUCUGUGUCUACCACAGCUGGUGUGUGUAAUAUCUAUACCUGAGGAUUCUUGCACGUGCGGUUUGUUUGAUCAAAUUUAGAAUCUUAUCAUUGUUGAAAAUAUUUUUUGUGCUUAAAACUCAAAUACAAUCCACCACCGUAACCGGCAUUGGCAGUAUCAAGAACACUGUGCAAUUAAACACAUUGUUUCCACAGUUAAACAGCUGUACAGUAAAUAAACUGUUAAUGUCAUGGAUCUUACAUUUUCUUGUAGUUGACUGUUAAACUUAUUUUGUUGGGAGAUGUAAUUCUCCUUUUGAGGAUAAGGUCAACACUCUAAAAUGGCAUUGCUUAAAGAAUGCAGAUUGUUCUAGCAUUGUAAUUUAAAGUUUUUAUUUUUUUGGUUUAGGGUUUUGUGUACAGCAUUGCGGACUUUUGUUUUACAGUGUAUAAUGUAAUUCCAAGAAUGCUUGUUGGUACUGUGACUUACUGUGGUUUAAAUGAACGUGUAGGCAAGAGUUUGAAAAAAAAAAAAAUGCAACAUUUUUGUACGUAUGGAUUUUAUUUUCAGUGAAGAAUAUGUACGUUUGUAUGGUUUAGGAAGACGACUUAAACAAUAAAAACAAUUUUAACUAAA